AUGCCGCCAUCGCCAUAUCAACAACCCCAGCUGAGUCCGGACCAAGUGGAUGAUAUGGAAGCUAGUGAUUCAUCCCAGCAACUUGAUCUGGAAACCUUGGUCUCACACCUUGUUGCCGCAAAACGCUCUCUGUCGUCCAUCCACCAUGUGUGGCGAGCUAAUGAAAUCGUUACUACUGCUCGUGCUGCUUUAGAAGAGAGUGUCAUCAUCUCAUCACGUACCAGCUUUCUCAGGAGGGGCUUAGACGAGCAGCUCAAAUUGUUGUAUGGGGUGAGAACGGAAGUUGAGCGGGUGGCGCAGCGGGGUCGAUCCGAGUUCGCCGCUGCCCUCAAGGAAAUGGAUACCGUCGGUGAGCGGCUGACGCAAACGUUAGACAUGCUACGCGACACGCCUGUAGAAUCCGCAUUUAGACCUGCAGGAGAGGAAUCGAAAUCCUUAUAUGAUUUUGUUGAUGAUCGCGGCGUGGAAGAUCUCCAGUUGUUGUUAAAGGCCUCGAUUGACAAUACUAACGCCGCACAAGCUGAACUAGACCAAUCUAACCGCGCAUUCGACAAUGAUAUCCAUUCGAUCCACCAAGCUUUGAGCAAAUAUCGUGAUGCAGUUAAGAAGCGCUUAAGCUUGUCAUCAUCAUUGUCUUCCUCAUCACCCUCUGCAUCGCGAGUCAGCAUUCCAUCUCCUUCCCAUGUUCCAGAGCUUUUACGUUCCCUUGAGGCGCACGCCCGGGGGAUGGCUGACCUCCUGGAAUCCUUGGUUAGGCAUUUUGACCUGUGUGUAACGGCAGUGAAGCAUACUGAAGGCGGCGGUGCCGCUGCUCGCUCCAUCGCCGGCGACCUACCAACUGGCGUUGGCGUAGGGGUCACUUUUGGGAAUGAAAUCCAAGAUGACAAUGGAAGUCGCAACCUCAACGCACCUCUCGAACCAAUGACAAAUGCAGAAUACCAAGAAAUGAUAAGCGUGUUAACAAAAGACGCAUCUGAGGCGGAAGACGUCGUCUUAGAAAUCCAAGACCGUAUCGCGGAGAUGGAAACAACUCUUGAACGGGUGUGGGAGCAGCGUGAUUUGCUUCGUUCUGUGUACGCAUCGACGACGGAUAUCUUCCAUCGUCUAUCAACAUUAGCUUCAUCACAGCUAACAGAUUACAUCGCCCAAGCGCACGCUUUUACUCGUGUCUGGAACGAGGAGCAGGAGCAUAUCCAGGCGGGCAUGGCUGAGCUCGUCGACCUCCGUAAUCUCUACGCUGGCUUCCUCAACGCUUAUGACAGACUUAUCAUGGAAGUUACUCGCCGUAAAGCUGUCCGCUUGGCUGUUGACAAGGUCCUCGGGGAAACGAGGCGGGAACUCGAUAGGCUAUUCGAGGAGGAUGUCCGGGCCCGUGAGAUGUUUAGGACAGAAUAUGGAGACUACUUGCCAUCAGAUAUCUGGCCUGGCCUUGGUCGAUGUCCUGCUCGGGUGGAGUUUAAAAGAGUAUCUGGCGGGAAACUAGAUGUUGGUGGGGAAGCUGUUCACAUGCCUUCAGAGAAACAGGAUGCUGAAAGGAAGGACGAGGCUGAGGAUAGCAAUGAUAAUACGGUUGAGGGUGCUGCCGCCGACAUACCUUCAACCGCCGGACAUGAUAAUACUACUCCUGUGAUUGCUACUGAAAAUGAUUAUGGCACCGGUGGAAUCGACGAUAGUAUACCGCAGUUGCCGAAACAUGUUGUCCAACAAGCGCUUGCACGGUUAAAACUACAAGUCAAGACUGUCCCCGGACUGUCCCCGUCAUGA